AGAGGAAAAUCCUGACUACCAUUUCCUCAUCUUUGUUUGUUGUCUCUCUCUCUCUCUCUCACACACACAAAUCUCAAUCUCUUCUUCUUCUAAAUUGUCCCCUCUUCACUUUACUUCCCUUUCUUAUCUCUCACACACUUCCUUCCAACAAACUUUCCAAUUUGAACGAAUGAGUGUCCAAAUUAAUCUAUUUUAAUUUUAUUUAUUCAUACUUUGGACACUUCUUUCUUCUCUUUUUCUCUGUUCCCCCAUGAUUUAUACUACCGUACAACGCACCUCACCGGAUCUCGCUUCUAUCUGAUCCGUUUCAUCUAUUUCUUUCUUUCUUUCUUCGCAACUUCUAGAAACCGGGUCAAUAUGAGUCAACUCGGUCUCAUAUUGCAGGAAUCACUUCGUUCUCAGAGAGAAUCAAGAACCAUUCUCGGUUUAUUAACCGAACAAAUGGACGCUUUAGAUUCAGGAACCACCAGAAGACGCAGUCUUAAAGAACGCUUCAGAUUCACCGGUAUGGGUUGUUGUGGUGCCACCUGGGUUUUCCGUCCAAUUAUCCGCCAUGAACAUCAUCAUCAACGAAACGAAGAAGGUGAAGCUACGGUUGAACAACAGCAACAGCUACAAGUUCAAGAUCAAGAUCCGAACCCAGUUGAACCGGAAUGUGAAGCUCCGGCGGGUUCGUCUGGUUCUGGAAUGAAUCUAGCGGCGGCUUUGGCGGCGGAGCGGCAAAUGAGGGUAUCGGAGGAAGCCAGUGGCGGAGAAGGAGCAACGCCGUGGAGAGUUUCGUUGAUGAAACUGUUGGAGGAAACGGAAGGUGAAAAUGAGAGUAAUGCUGGUGCGGUAGUUGUGGAAGGGAGUGAUUCGGUGUGCUGCGUGUGCAUGGGAAGAAAGAAAGGUGCAGCGUUCAUACCGUGUGGACACACUUUUUGCAGAGUGUGUUCAAGGGAACUGUGGUUGAAUCGAGGAAAUUGUCCCCUUUGUAAUCGUUCUAUUCUCGAGAUUCUCGAUAUUUUCUGAAUUUCAUUACCACUUUCUUGGAUCCUUGAAUCAAUCCUCUUCCCAUUUUCUUCAUGUUAGUUAGGUGUAAUAGUAACAUGAGACUUUCAAUUUCUUAAAUUUUCUUUAGUUUGAAUUUCGUGAUAAUUUAAUUUUGGUAGAUUUUUGUCUUUAUCUUAGUAUUGGGGGCAGUGGUGGGGACCUAAGCAAUGCAGAAAAGCUUUUUCUAAAUAAAGAAUAAGAUGAAGGAAUUGUUACUUUUAA